UGGUGCGUUAAUAAAAUGGAACGUCAAUUCAAUUCGGCAUUUCGGCGGCGGCGGCAAGACUAAACAAAAAAAGUUAUUAUUACUAUAUUCUAAAUUUGAAAAUAUUUUGUUGUCCAAAAAGGAAGUGUUUUCAUAAAAGUGUCAAUGAAAAUAUUUGCAUUGCAAUAUUUAUUAUGUGCGUUUUGCAAAAAAUCUGAAAAUUAAAAAAGAAUAUGAAGUAAAAACACACAAACAAAAAGAAAAAUAGAAAGAAAAAAAAUUACAUUAAAGUGAGAUCAGUCAAUUGAAUUUGUUUGAAAAAAAUAUCAAAACCAAGAGAGUUGAUAGUGAAUAGGUUUUGAAUGUAAACUAAACAAAAGGGAAUUUCCUUACAAAGUGUAAAUAUGUGCAUUUGAAUAACAACAAAUUGUCCAUAAAUUUCCUAAAACACCAAAAAAUGUCAUCUAAAAGUGUAGUUUUGUUGUGAGUAACGAAUGUACCAAAAAAAAAAGAGGAAAAAAAUAAUGAAUAAAACAGGGUGUGUGAAGGCGGCGCGGCAGUGAAGACUCAAAGUAUGCUUGAUUGGUGUGUGUACGUUCGAGUGUGUGAGCCUGUGUUUAAGUUAGACUGUCUGCGGUGCAAGGAAGGUGGCAUUGCUCUGUAAGUGAGCGUGUUUGCGUGUAACAGUCUCAAGUUUGUGUGAAAUGUAAUCCUCCAAUAAUUACGAUUAUUAAGGAAUUAUAGAAAGAAAAACGAUUUCGAUUGUGGCAAGAAGUUUCACUUAAUUGAAAAGUUCUCAAAAACUUGUUUUCGUGUGUUCGUCUGUGUGUGUGUAAGUGUGUGUGCGCGCGUUUGCGUGAAAUAUCCAAAGAAAGUAAAAAGAUAAGCCAAAAUCAAGGGCGGCCAACAACAACAACGAUGCUGAUAACAACAUUGGUGUGUAAUUUUUGUGGCAUCCUUUUUAUGGAGAAAUCUAAAUGCAGGACUAAUGUUGAUGCCAAGGAAACAACGAACGCCAUUUAAGCGAAAAAGUUUCUUGGAAAUCGAGUGGAAGUGGUCGUCAUAUCUUGCCUUUGCCCUCUCUCAUUGUUGGCCCUAUCUCAAUGUUCCAGUAAUUGUCCGCUUUAACAUCAUCCAUGGCCAUGUUCUAUCCUACAUCGCAUCGACGUUUGGCGUUUACAUUACUCCGUAUAGUGUUGCUGCUGGGCGAAUUCAACAAUUGGACAAAGGUGAAACUAAAAGUCAACGGCAAUUCGGCACAGAGUCAGAGACCAUUUCUGCAAAUCGAAAGUCCCUCCAUCACAAGACUGGUCCUAACCAAACCUCAUCUACCGCAUUAUCUGUCAUGCAAGGCGACCAUCGAUGAAUCCUAUUAUCAAAAUGAGACCAAUUACUUCUAUACUUGGUUCUUUAAUGAUAAUAUCCUGAAAUCGCUGCCAAGGAAGCUCAAUGACUACUAUGUUUACCGAAAUGGAACGUUACGUUUGCCGCCAGCGGAGAAAGUCAGCGGAGUGUAUAGAUGUAAAAUCAAUGCCAAUGAAACUGCGGUUAUAUCCGAGAGUAUAACUGUAGAAUAUCCGGUGCUCAAACGUCGCCCGGCAAAUAUUAAUUUAACGGCAUUUACAGGUUUAACAUAUACAUUAAAUUGCCCCGUUUACAGUGUCCCCCCAGCCAAUGUGACUUGGUUCUAUGGAAAUGUAUCGUUAUCGAAAAUUUCCAAUGACAACAGUUUCCUGCUCUUGUCGAAUGGCAGUUUGGUUUUGCGAAAGGCUAAGGAGCGAGACGCCGGCAAAUACAAAUGUGUAGCGCACAACAACUUCACUUCAAAGACGCAUCGCCAAUUUUGGAUGACUCUGAAUGUGGUGCAUGGAGAAGGACGUACUUUAAAUAAUGCCCAAUUGAUACCUCAUCUGCAGAAUUCCACACUUUUUGUGCCAACUGGUGGAGACCUCAACCUUAGCUGCUGUGCUUUAACAGAUGACGCCACCAUUGAAUGGUGGUUCCAGCAAACCUUUAACUCACCUUGGAUUCGAUUGGCCAACAAUAGCAAGGAGUAUCACAUACGCUCGAGCAUCAAUCAAUAUGAGGGCUACUACACAUGUUCAACGGCGUAUAGUAAUCAGACCUUCCAUGUGAUUGUCACCACACCUCCCCUAGUACUGCAAGAAUUACCCAUUGUCGAUGGCAUUAUUGCUUCUUCCAUCACCUACCAGUGUCUAGUCACGGGCAAUCCUCGACCCAUUAUAACUUGGUAUCACAAUGGUGCCCAAUUCAGCAGCUCCUUUACACGCUACAUUAAUGGCAAUGAAUUGAUGAUACCCUCCUUUGAUCCCGAAGAGAAUGGCAUCUAUCAAUGCUUUGCUAGAAAUGUGGCCGGGGAGGUGUAUACUGCAGGGGAAAUUCGUUUGCGCAAUCGCGGCGAUGAGAAACCCAACCCUUUGAGAAAUAUACGCUGUUUUGCCCACACUUUUAAUUCGGUCAAUGUGACUUUCGAAGCCGAAGGAACUGUGAAUCUCUUUGUCGCCCACAUUGUUCAAACGAAUCCUUUUCGUUGGAUAUCACCCUACUCUCCCAUGAAACUGAAUGCCUCCUAUAUAAUCAUAGAUAAACAUCUGCCCUAUAUCAAACCCUUUGAGCUGAUAACUCGUGUACUGAUGACCACCUCCGAGAUUAGCAUGGGAAAUAAUCAAACUCAGCACACCAUACAAAGUACCCUAAGAAGUCUGCCCGUUACCUGUUGUACCCAGGGAUUGCCUCCUCGCAUUUUACACUUUGGCAAUGAUACCUUUGUUACUUGGUCCAUAACGGAUUUUAACAAUAAAAAAUAUUUCAUCAUACAAUUCGCCAUUAACUUCACCCAACCCCAUCCCGAAGAACUCUUCCGGCCCCACUUGAUGGGUACCCUACAACAUGUCAAUCUGACGCUGCAGGAUAUAAGCCAGAAACUGACAAGCAUCGAACCUGUAAAUCAAUUGGAAGCGAAGCGUAUUCUCAAAAAUGCCAUCACCAGCUACAGUGACAAUGAUGCCAGUAUUGCCAAUGAUCUGGAACCGGAUGAGGAUAUUUAUAGUUUGGUUCUGCAUGCCAAUGUCACCGGGCUUAUGCUGUCCAACUUUACCAGAUUGAAGUUGCGUGUCCUCGUUAUAACUUCGGAUAAUGAAAAUUUGGCCCAGGAUUUUCGUUAUGUCGAAUGGAAGACGGUCUUCAACGAUACUGGCGAAUUUAUUGCCACACCUUAUCAUCUAACCAUAGUGGAAUCACGAAUGCUUCUCUUUCAUUUCCAAGAUAGUUUUAAUGAAUCAUGUGUCCAAGUGUGUCAUCUACAGCUACAGUAUCCGCAUAUAGUCAAAGAAGAGCGUAAAUGUGAUAAACGUGUCAUAGUCAAUUCAGAAUUAGAGGUCACCAAGCUACGUCCACAGACCCACUAUAGCUUUCACUUCUCCAGUUGUGAUACGAAUCUUUUCUAUGGGCAAUUGAGUGUUGUUACCCUGCCGGAUCCCCCCGGAACCAUCAGUAAUCAAAAGGUGACCAGACACAAUGGUUUGAAAUUGAAUUGGGAUCCUCCAUUGCAGCCGAAUGGUAAAAUUCAUCAUUAUAAUAUUUUAUGGACUUUGGGAAAUGUGACGCACGAGACAAAUGUUAUGGAGUGUUCAGUGUGCUUUUACAAGUUUCCCAAUAUAUCGGAAGAGGCAAAAAUCAAUAUCUCAGUAAGAGUGGUGGGCGAAACCGGUGUGGGUGCUCCCAUAUCCAUCGAUCUGCGCAACAUUAAUCAUCGUUCGCUGGAAAUCGAAAGUUCCAAUUCCUCUGCGGAGGUCUAUAGUGGCAUAGCCAUUGGCUCUCUACUUUCGAUACUAUGCAUUUUUGGCUUUGCCCUUCUGAUAAUGUUCCAGCGCAAACGCUUCAAGGCCCGCCAACAUGGUCCCACCCAUUUGUCUACACCCACUGAUAUCCACUUUGGAAAUCUCAGUAAUAUCGGCCUACCCAGUGGCAGUGCUGGGGGUCUCAGUUCGAAUACCAUGCCACCAGAUUCCCAUGAAAUGCAAACUCUUAUACCCAAAGCCAUGGCAAGACACAUUGACAUUUUGGCCAGUGACAGAGCCUUGUAUGAGACUACCCAGUUGGCCAAUGGCAAUGCCUACAUUGUAAGACCCUCGCUGGAGAAUAUGGUCGAUUCCAGUAAUACCUCAGUGCUGAGUGGCUUUUAUGUGGGAGCCGAACAUAACUUAUCCUCCAUUCCAUUGUGUCAAAUUAGCCCUCAGAAAAAGAAUAAGGGAGCCAAUGCUAUGUUGGCCAAUUCCGAGUGUAAUCAACAAAAGCCAUUUUUCAUACCUUUCAAAAAUACGGCGGGACCCAGUAUUGUGGGUUUGGUAACGCAAAAACAAAGUUCCUCUUCUUUCGCUGCCAAUAGUAGUGUACCACCCAAUUCUAUCUCCUUGGCCACGGUGGCCGGCGAUAGUAUACCCACAGUAUUUGGUGGCACUCUACGCAGUAGUAAUUUAAGCCGUAGUAAUAGUAAUGGCAGUAGUGCCACAAAUUCCAUUAAAUCAAAACAGUUCCAUGCUAAUUUUCCCAAACAUUCCACAUCGAUUGAUGGUAUUUGCCUGUUGGAUGAAGAGGAAGCUGCUGCCACAAUAACACCGACCACAGAUUCGGAUGUUACGGGUGAGGUGCUAAGGAAUGGAUUCCAUAUGAACGAGGAGUUACCUCGUUCUCACGACAUGCCACUGCAGAAGAACUCAACAUUUAGACGAAGUUCUUCGCCGCCCAGUUCUUCAAAUCAUUCAAAUCAUAAUAAUCACAACAACCACAAAAGCAGCAACAAUGUUAAUCAUAAUAAUAAAAAAUCUACGAAUUUAUGUAAGAAAAAACCGCAACAACCCUCUCUAGAAUUAACUGCCACCACAUUGACAACGAAGUCAACGAAUGCUCGACCGAAGAGCACAGCAUUUAUAGUUCCUGCCACUGGGUCGUCGGCAUCCCUAGCGACAACAAAUGCCAGCUCAUCGUCCUCGCUGUCGAACGCCCAUCCAAAAAGUAGUAGGACGAAUACAACAACUCUAACAACAACACUCAAUCCGACAACGUUGAAGUCGAAAUCCAGUUUGGAAACAAAUUUUCGCCAUCCGAAUAUGGAUCCGAAUGGUUGAAGUUCACUUUCGGCUGAUCGAGCCAAAAUUUUUUUCGAUAGAUUCAGAUUCAGCUGAAAGCGGCGAAUGUAACAUUCCGAAAUGUUGGUUAUUUAAUUUUUAUCAAAUACACACAUACAUAUAUAUAUAUAUACAAAUACAAGCAAAAACAUACUAGUAAGUACAUAUAUAUAGGACAGACGAUAAAUAGAAAUAUUGAAAAAAGAAAAAAAUCUCAACAAACAGUGAUACAUAAAUUAAAGAAACCCCAGCAAUCCAAACAUUAUUAAAAUAAGCGAUAGUGAACACACUGUUGGCAGUAGACCAGCAAACUGUACAUUCCAAAAGUUGACAUUUUAUAAAUGUAGCCAUAUCCCAGUUACAUCCUGACAACCCCACUCAAGUCCAGAUGACCCUUGUUUAUGUAUAGCCUACCAAACCAAAAGGAAACUCAACUUCCAAGAUCCCUACUCAAUUACGGAUAUGCACUAUUUACAGAAAGCUUCUCAAAACAAUAGAAAAAUCAUUACUUUUUACUACUUAUCUUUAUUCAGAAUACUGCAAGCUUACUCCUUUACUUCUUGUCGCCUUUUAUUGUUCCCUCGAUGAUCUAUCAAUACUCAACGAUUUGAAAAUGUGUUUAGAAUUUUAGAAGCCUUUUAAUUUUGUUACACAGCCUUGAAUUGCAUAUUUUAUUGCUUUUGAUAUAAAAAAUUUUAAUUAUCCUUAUAUAUUAUUUUUAUGUGUUUAUAAUAUUUUUUAUUCUAUUUAAUCGCACUUUAUUGAGGCUAAUUGUUAUAAUUUGUAAAGUUUUUUUUUUCAUAGUCUUUAGCGAAACAUCUAACAAACUUCCAAAACCACAACCAAACUGCAAUAGCCCUGAGCAAAUCUAGCCAUUGUUUAUGCAGGUCGAUAAGCAGAAUUGAAACCUUUAAAGAAAUCUUAACAGGUCAACUAUGUCAAGAAGUCUACCCUUACUAGAGGCUAGUUACCUUUCAACUCCUUCCAUUGAACUUAUCGGACCACUACAAAGAUCACUGCAACAAAUCUGAAUAACUUGGAAAUCUCAUCACGCGAAUAACUUGGAAUUCUCAUCCCUCUUACACUA